AUGCUGAAUGGCACGCUCACGCCUCUCGUGUUGGGCGGGCUUUUCGACGGGGUUCUCGGCGCGGGAGGGUCGCAGGAGAGGCCACAGGGGCUCGGUCUUCACCAGUAUGGCGAUAUCAUAACUCUCGGUCUUUGCCCCCCCGCGCCCAAUUGCGUGUCCACCGCCGAGGACCUCAACGACGAUUCACACUUCGUCCCGCCGUGGACGUACAACCCCCAGGAGGGUCGCGGCAUCAGGAACCCGGCGACGCAGGAGCAGGCCAUGGAGGAGCUGGUCGACGUGAUACAAAACACCGAUUGCGACGGAUACGAGACCAACAUCGUGACCAAGCUGUCGGACUACCUCUACGUGGAGUACAAGUCCCCGAGGCUGGGGCUCGUCGACGACGUGGAGUUCUUCUUCGCGCCCGAUCCUUCCGGGUCCUCGUCGCUCGCCAGGGUGGAUUACAGGACGUCGGGCCGCGUCGACGCGCCCAAGAGCGCGGAGACACAGCGCAAGAGGAUCAAGACCCUGCGGCUGGCGCUGCAGAAGAAGGGAUGGAAGUCCGUUGGGUUCUGA